UCAACCAUUUGCAUCAACCCAGCCAACCUUCCCCACCUUCAAAACAAACAGAAAGAGGACCAGAGGCUGCAACCCUCCUGCACCUUAAAUUAAAGGUUAGCGCAACAUGAAGCUCGGUUAAGGUGAGCAGGUCAACUGGGGGUUUGACUCCUCUCUCAUAACUGGUUAAACUCCCUGAAUGUGGACUAGUUUCGCUUCCCCCCAGCCUGAACUUGCUGUCCCGGUCCAGAUGUGCUUCGGUUCGGUUCGGUCCGUGCCCCUGGUUUCUGUUUCUUGAUCUAAUUAACUCCAGGAGCCACCUUAAAAAGCGGGCAGGGUGAUCCCGGCCUGGCCCCGCCUCUCGCAGCUCGUGCGGCAGACGUCGCUCCGGCAGUUUUCCCGGGUCUCUCUCUGGAUGUAGACGUUGUCGGAACCUACCGAGUCCGAAACCCAACAGCACCGCUGCGAACUGGCUCCAUUUACUGGAUCUGAAGUGCCAGGAGUGGGGAGGUGACUUUUUUUCAGCCCCUCCUUAUCGAUUCUUUUCUGGAUUCGGUUCGUUUUCGCCCCCAGGACCAGAGUCUGGUCUCCGCUGAAGAAGGAACUGGUUUCAACGUCGGGACGAAGACCAGUUGGAGGUCCCCCCCCCUUCCUCCUCCUCCUCCUCCUCCUCCUCCUCUUCUUCCUCCCCGCUGCUCGGAGGUUGUUCCACCGCGGAGCCCUGUUGGGAGAUGAACCAGCCCCAGUAAGGACUCUGCCCCGCGGUUCGGACUCAGUAGCAGGACGUGAUUUGGACCAGAACUCGCCUGUUGAAGAGUGGCAACAUGUUUACUUCCUGGUUUCCAUGGUGAUCAGAGGGAGCAUGCUUGUCCACGCCUGGAUCUAAGCUCAGCGUUCGUCUCCUGCAGCCGCCUCCAGAGGGGAGAAGACCUAGCAGUCCAGAACCGCGACCCGCCAGAACCGACCGCACCCAGAACCCGUCAGCCAGCCCAGACAGAGGAGGAGCGCCAGUGGCACCGACAUGGCCAACAACACAGCCGACCACCCUCCGGGGAACUCAGUGGCCGAGGGCGGCCAUGACGGUGACUUCGGAAUCAGCAUGCAGGAGCUGAUGGGCCUGAUGGAGCUGCGGAGCGCCGAGGCUGUCGGAAAGAUCCAGGACGGUCACGGAGAUGUGCAGAACAUCUGCCGCAAGCUCAAAACCUCGCCCAUCGAAGGUCUGUCUGGAAACCCGGCCGAUCUAGAAAAGCGCCACGCUGCGUUCGGGAAGAACUUCAUCCCUCCCAAGAAGCCCAAGACGUUCCUGCAGCUGGUGUGGGAGGCGCUGCAGGACGUCACACUGAUCAUCCUGGAGAUUGCCGCCAUCAUCUCCCUGGGCCUGUCCUUCUACCAUCCACCAGGGGGCAAUGCUGAAGCAUGUGGCCAGGCUGCGGGCGGCGUGGAGGACGAGGGAGAGGCGCAGGCCGGCUGGAUCGAGGGCGCCGCCAUCUUGUUCUCUGUCAUCAUUGUGGUUCUGGUCACGGCCUUCAACGAUUGGUCCAAGGAGAAGCAGUUCCGCGGCCUCCAGAGCCGCAUCGAGCAGGAGCAGAAGUUCACCGUCAUCCGCAAGGGCCAGGUGAUCCAGAUCCCCGUGGCCGAGAUCGUGGUGGGAGACAUCGCUCAGAUCAAGUACGGAGACCUGCUUCCCACCGACGGCAUCCUUAUCCAAGGCAACGACCUGAAGCUGGAUGAGAGCUCUCUGACCGGAGAGUCGGAUCAGGUCCGGAAGUCCCUGGACAAAGACCCCAUGCUGCUGUCCGGGACUCAUGUGAUGGAAGGCUCGGGCAGGAUGGUGGUGUCAGCCGUUGGCCUCAACUCCCAGACCGGCAUCAUCUUCACCCUGCUGGGCUCCAGUGAGCACGACGACGAGAAGAAAGUCAAAAAAGGUAAAAAACAAGGACCCCCCGAAAAUCGCAACAAAGCCAAGACCCAAGACGGCAUCGCGCUGGAGAUCCAGCCGCUGAAGAGCGAGGAGGCCACCGAGUCGGAGGAGAAGGAGGAGGUGAAGCAGGUCAAGAAGGUCAACGUGACCAAGAAGGAGAAGUCUGUUCUGCAGGGCAAGCUGACCCGGCUGGCGGUCCAGAUCGGCAAGGCUGGUCUGUUCAUGUCCGCCCUCACCGUCAUCAUCCUCAUUCUCUACUUCGUCAUCCACACGUUCGCCAUCCAGGGCCACACCUGGAUGGCCGAGUGCACGCCCAUCUACAUCCAGUACUUCGUCAAGUUCUUCAUCAUCGGCGUGACAGUUCUGGUGGUGGCGGUUCCCGAGGGGCUGCCGCUCGCCGUCACCAUCUCUCUGGCCUAUUCUGUCAAGAAGAUGAUGAAGGACAACAACUUGGUGCGCCACCUGGACGCCUGCGAGACAAUGGGCAACGCCACGGCCAUCUGCUCAGACAAGACGGGCACGCUGACCAUGAACCGCAUGACCGUGGUGCAGGCGUACAUCGGAGACACGCACUACAGGACGGUCCCGGAACCCGACGCCAUCAACCCGGGAACGCUGGACACGCUGGUCAACAGUAUCUCUGUCAACUCCGCCUACACCACCAAGAUCCUGCCUCCAGAGAAGGAAGGCGGCCUCCCGCGCCAUGUCGGCAACAAGACGGAGUGCGCCCUGCUGGGUCUGGUGCUGGACCUGAAGAGGGACUACCAGCCAAUCAGAGAUGAGAUCCCAGAGGAAAAGAUGUACAAGGUUUACACGUUCAACUCCUCCCGCAAGUCCAUGAGCACGGUACUGCGGAACGCUGAUGGAGGCUUCCGGAUGUACAGCAAAGGAGCGUCGGAGAUCGUCCUGAGGAAAUGCUCCCGGAUCCUAGACGCCAAGGGUCAGCCCCGUGUAUUCAAGACCAAAGACCGAGACGAGAUGGUGAAGAAGGUGAUCGAGCCGAUGGCAUGCGAAGGGCUGCGGACCAUCUGCGUGGCGUACCGGGACUUCCCUGCCGAGGCCGGGGAACCCAACUGGGACAACGAGAACGACAUCCUGAACGAGCUGACCUGCAUCACUGUGGUGGGCAUCGAGGACCCCGUCAGACCCGAGGUACCCGCGGCUAUCGCUAAGUGCCAGCGGGCGGGAAUCACUGUGCGCAUGGUAACCGGGGACAACAUCAAUACAGCCCGCGCCAUCGCCACCAAGUGCGGCAUCCUGCUGCCAGGAGAGGAGUUCCUCUGUCUGGAGGGCAAAGAGUUCAACACGCAGAUCAGGAACGACAAGGGAGAGGUUGAACAGGAGCGUCUGGACAAAGUCUGGCCCAAACUUCGGGUUUUGGCACGUUCAUCGCCGACAGAUAAACACACCCUGGUUAAAGGAAUCAUCGACAGCACGGUGGCAGAAACCCGACAGGUGGUGGCUGUGACGGGAGAUGGCACCAACGAUGGCCCUGCCCUCAAGAAAGCCGAUGUCGGCUUUGCCAUGGGCAUCGCCGGUACCGACGUGGCUAAGGAAGCCUCCGACAUCAUCCUGACCGACGAUAACUUCACCAGCAUCGUGAAGGCCGUUAUGUGGGGCAGGAAUGUCUACGACAGCAUCUCCAAGUUCCUGCAGUUCCAGCUGACUGUCAACGUGGUGGCCGUGAUCGUGGCCUUCACCGGCGCCUGCAUCACCCAGGACUCCCCUCUGAAGGCCGUGCAGAUGCUGUGGGUCAACCUCAUCAUGGACACGCUGGCGUCCCUCGCCCUGGCCACCGAGCCGCCCACCGAGUCGCUGCUGCUACGCAAACCCUACGGCCGCGACAAGCCCCUCAUCUCCCGGACCAUGAUGAAGAACAUUCUGGGCCACGCUGUAUUCCAGCUCAUCAUCAUCUUCACUCUGCUGUUUGCAGGGGAAAAGUUAUUCGACAUCGACAGCGGCCGCAACGCUCCGCUGCACUCCCCGCCGUCUGAACACUACACCAUCGUCUUCAACGUGUUCGUGAUGAUGCAGCUCUUCAAUGAGAUCAACGCCAGGAAGAUCCACGGCGAGAGGAACGUGUUCGAGGGCGUGUACAAGAACCCCAUCUUCUGCAGCGUGGUCCUGGGCACCUUCGCCCUGCAGAUCAUCAUCGUUCAGUUCGGAGGGAAGCCGUUCUCCUGCGCGCCGCUCACCAUCGACCAGUGGCUGUGGUGCGUCUUCGUGGGAAUGGGCGAGCUGCUGUGGGGACAGCUGAUCUCGGCCAUCCCGACCCACCACCUGAAGUUCCUGAAGGAAGCGGGCCAUGGCAUCACCAAGGAGGAGAUCCACAAGGAAGAGCUGACGGAGGACACGGACGAGAUCGACCACGCAGAGAUGGAGCUGCGGCGAGGCCAGAUCCUCUGGUUCCGAGGGCUCAACCGGAUCCAGACCCAGAUUAAGGUGGUGAAUGCAUUCCGUAGUUCCAUCUUCGAGAUGGAGAGUCCACAUUCCCGUAGCUCCAUCCAUAGUUUCAUGGCCCAUCCUGAGUUUUUGCCGCAUUCUGAGGAGGAGGCGGCGCCUCGGUGCAGCACCAUUGAGGAGAACAGCGACGCAAUCAAGGAACUUCAAUGAUCCUCGGCGAAGGAGAAGCACCUGGCAGCAAGGAGCUCCUCCUCCCUCCCCUCCUCUUCAUCACCUCCACCAGCUGGGUUGUUGCUCUGAGGAGGGCCAUCAUGACUCACCCUCUCCUCAGCACACAUCCUCGCCCCACGCUGUCUCCAUCCUGACUGUGAUGUUGUUCAGUUUGUUCCUCCAUCACCUCCAUCCCAUCAGCUGGGGGCGGAGCCUCCUCACCAGGAACAUCUGCUUCUCGUUUAGACUCCCUCAGUUCACUUAUAGAAAUCUUCCUCCCCUUUUCACCUCUGCAUGCUGCAGUGCAUUGUGGGAAGGAAGUUUGUUCGCUUCCCAACACGGCAGCAUCCAGAGACGACCCGCUCUCCGACCUUGUCCCGUCUGAGCCGGGUUCCGUUUCCCCCUACCCCGGUUUAUCCGCAGCGUUUGUUUUAACCUGAUGCAUGUUUUGAUUUCCUGUUGAGUCGCAUGAUGGCCGUGAGUCCAGCGUUUGGACGCGUCUCUGUUCAGAGCUCCAUGAUCUUCCUGCUUGUCCCACGUUGGAGAACCUGAAGGAACCUGCAGAUCUUCUGCUGUUUCGCCGCGACAUGGUCGGCUCUGUUGAUCACUACCGUCGCAUUAAACACUAAGCGUUUCGUUUCGCUCCCCUCUGAUGGGGACGCCGGCGCCGAUCGGCCCAUCUGAGCUGCACCGGAUCAGGUUAAACUUAAAGGGGUAGUAUUAAGUAUUUUCCAGGCACACAGUGCCAUUUUAUAGCUCAAUCAAGUAACUAUUGUACCUUCACUUAUAAAAGUGCUGUAUAUAUCAAACAUGACUUAAAAUAAAUUUCUUUACAAUUUAACUCCUUGAAAUUGGGACUCUGUCACUUUUAGAAGCUCUUCCUCUUUCUGACACUUUCCACUUGGAGUCUCUGCUCUGCGAGGAAAAAGCAGCGCUCAGUUAAACUACACACUUCUUCACCCAUAGUGGUUGCCAGGCAGAUUAAAGGAUUUCUCAAACAUGCAUGAAAGAAUCAAGGCAACACUCCAGGUAUGUUUUUGAUGAAGAAAUAACAUAACCUGAUGUACAGCUCAAAAUUUUACAUAAUACCCCCCCUUUAAAAAUUACGGAAAAAAUCAGAACUAAUUUCAAACACCAGCGUGUUUAGCGUUUGGCCCACUUUUCCUGCUCUGCGUGAUGGAGGCCUGGCUGGAGCUCCACCUCGCCAUCACAGAAGCCCGCCCCCUCAGGCAGCUGAAAGAAGCUUCCUCUGCUCCCCUGUCAUCACACACUAAGGAGUUUAAACAUUCAGAGCGAGCUGACUGCAGUACUGAUCCGUUGGUUGGAUCAAUGCAGGAAGUUCACUGGAAGUGGAGCCAUGAACAGAGUCAGAAUGAGGCUGCAGACACAGACUGCCAGAGCGCAAAGCUUUUAAAGCCAGUAAUGGACAGUAGGCUCAGUGUCUGCAGCUACAAGCUCCUGGCUCCCUCGUCGUCAGGCCUUCCUGGACUGCCCAGGUCAUUUGUCGCCAGGAGCUCAUGGAUCGCCCAAUGCCAGAAAGUCCUGGGUUUUCCGCCGCCAGGUGCUCUUGGGUUGUUUGCCCUCAGGCACUCCCAGAUCGAUCCAUUGGGCUUUGCUAGAUCGUUCUCCGCCAGGUGCUCCCAGAUUGCUCGCCGCUGAGCGCUCCUGGAGCUCCUGAGUCGUCUGCCGUCGUUUCGCUUUCCUCGUUUGUCUGAUUUUCGAUGAGCUGUCAGUGACAUCACACGGCCAGCAGCGGAGCCGGCGUCUGCUCAUCACCAUCACCGUUACCCCGGCGACACCGCUCCGCCCUGCUGUGUUGGACAGGCGUCAGUGUGGAGGCCACACUGAGGUUUAUAGGAGACUGAUGAUGUCACCAGUUGCCCUGUAGAGUUGAAUCCACUGUGUCCCCGCCGCUUCCCGCAGCGGCGCGUCCGAUCCCUUCAAACAGCCGUCGGCCUCUCCCGACGGAGGCGAUGUGCUACUACUGCCAUAUUUUCCAUGACUUGGUUAAUCUUUUCCCCUCGACAAGCUUUUUCUAAGUACUCAGAGCCAUAUUUUCUAGGAUGUUGUUUUCCGUCAUUAUUCCAGAGGCCCCACCCUGCCCUCCGAACACGACCAAAAAUCGAGGAGAAACUCUUCAGUUGUCACUGCCGAACCGUGUUUGAAGGACCUCUCCGAUGUUUACAUGAGAAGCGGUUUGACCCCCCUCAUCUGUUCCUCUCCUCAAUCUUACCGUUUAACUGAGUAGGAAACCUUUCUUGCAUGGUGUUCAUAUAAAAUUCAAUGUUUUGUUCAUUUUUUACAAUUCUUCUGUAUUUUUAUAUUGAGUACUUUUUAAUAUUUUGCAGAUGUAUGAAUCUGUGUACAGGCUGAGGAGUUUGGUGAGCGUUCAGAACCUGAAUGAUAGGAAUCUGCCGUGGACUCUGUUUUUACAGCUCCCAAUGUUCUGCCACGUGUGGCGUCCGAGUCACCUGACGUUAGGGCUCCCAAACCUGCAGUGACUUGUCUACUUCCUGUUGGCUGUUCACUUCCCAUCAGCCCCUCUGGCUCCAGUUUGGUUUCUUUGUUGUAAUGGUUCUGACUUGGUUUGAGUCCAACAUUAAACAGGAAUGUAUCGUUAUUCCUCC